UUGUAUGUUGGUUUAGUAUGACUUGACUAAGUCUACCCAGAAUUUUCAACUGAUAGAAAGACUGUGAAAUGACUAAAUGCUGCAAUUUUUAUGGACAUAAAAAUAGCUAUUUACUAUAAAAAUCUUAUGCACCUAAUUGAUUAUAGAAUCCAAACAUGGCUUCUUCUUUACUUCUCUUUCUCCUCUACUCACUGAUUCUUCAGUCCAUCCGUGUUGUAGCUCAAACCAAAAGUACUAUAGCCAUUGGUGAUUCUCAUACUGCUGAUACCAACACCUCUCCAUGGUUGCUUUCACCUUCUGGUGACUUUGCCUUUGGUUUUCUUCCACUUAAAGACACUGAUAUGUUUUUGCUUUCCAUUUGGUAUCCCAAAAUUUCUGAGAAAACUAUUGUGUGGUAUGCUAAUAGAGACAGACCUGCUCCAAAAGGGUCAAAAGUGGAACUCAAUGCCAAAGAUGGGUUGGUGCUAACUUCUCCAAAUGGUGACAGGUUAUGGAAUACCGAGGGACUCAACAGUGCAGUUUCUCGGGGUGUGUUCAAUGACACUGGCAAUUUUUUGCUCGAGGAUGGCGAUUUCAACCAUCCUUGGGAAACUUUCAGGUUUCCUAGUGACACCCUGUUGCCUUCUCAGGUAAUUGAAAAAGGUGGAAAGCUUUUUUCAAGACUUAGGGAGACAAAUUUCAGUAAAGGAAGGUUUGAGCUCCUUUUACAAAGUGAUGGUAAUCUUGUUAUGUAUUCUGUUAAUUUACCAUCUCGUUAUGCUAAUGGAAACUACUAUGAAAGUCAAACUGAUGGAUCCGGUACAUCAAGUGCUGGAACUCAAUUGGUCUUUGACAGAUUAGGGUACUUGUAUGUCUUGGGAAAAAACAAUGAGAAAUACAAUGUGUCAGGAGAAGAGAGUAAAGUCUCUACCACAGAUUUUUAUCUUAGAGUUACUCUUAAUUUUGACGGAGUCUUCAUUCUUUACAAGCAUCCAAAGAAUUCAACUGAGAGCGAAGGUUGGACCAUAGUAUGGUCUAAGCCCGAUAAUAUAUGCAGUUAUAAUGUUGAUUCAGGUAGUGGUGUUUGUGGAUAUAAUAGCUUCUGCACUUUGGGAGAUGAUAAGAGACCAACAUGUCAGUGUCCAAAAAGUUACUCACUGGUUGAUCCUAAUGAUCCAUAUGGUAGCUGCAAGCCAGAUUUCAUACAAGGAUGUGUAGAAGAAGGAGUAAGUAAAAGAAAUGAUCUAUAUGACUUUGAGGUUUUGAUUGAUACUGAUUGGCCUUCAUCAGAUUAUGUGCUUCAAAGGCCUUUUAAUGAAGAACAGUGUAGGGAAGCUUGUAUGGAUGAUUGUAUGUGUUCUGUGGCUAUUUUCAGGUUAGGUGAUAGUUGCUGGAAGAAGAAGUUACCACUCUCAAAUGGGAGAGUUGAUGCAACACUUAAUGGUGCUAAGGCUUUCUUGAAAGUGAGAAAAGACAAUACCUCCAUCCAGUCCCUUGAUUUUCCUCCAAUUCCAUCCAAUAUGAACAAGAUUAAUAAUAGGGAGGCUUUGGUUGUGGUUGUUUCUGUGCUUUUUGGUAGCUCUGCAAUUCUCAAUGCCGUAUUGAUUGUAGCAAUAUGUGUAAGCAUCUCCACGAUUCUUCAGUACAAGAAGAAGCUUAGAAGGUUUAGCACAAGUGAGACUCGUGUUGAAACCAAUUUGCGUUGCUUCACUUACCAAGAGCUUGAACAAGCUACUAAUGGAUUUGACAAAGAGCUAGGAAGGGGAGCUUUUGGUAUUGUUUAUGAAGGAGUCGUCAACAACAAUACAUCUUCCGAAACUCGUGUGGCUGUGAAAAAGUUGAACAAUUUUUUGUUGGAUCAAGCCCAUCGAGAAUUCAGGAAUGAACUGAAUGUCAUUGGUCUCACCCAUCACAAGAACUUGGUUCGUUUACUUGGAUUUUGUGAGGGUGGAUCUGAAAGAUUGCUUGUUUAUGAGUACAUGAGCAAUGGCACUUUGGCAAGCUUACUUUUCAAUGCUGAUGAGAAACAGAAACCAAGUUGGAAACUAAGGCUAGAACUUGCAUUAGGAAUAGCAAGAGGACUUGUGUAUUUACAUGAAGAGUGCAUUACUAGGAUCAUCCAUUGUGACAUAAAGCCUCAGAACAUACUUCUUGAUGAUUACUUCAAUGCAAGAAUUUCUGACUUUGGACUAGCCAAGUUGAUGAACAUGAAUCAAAGCAAAACCAACACUGGCAUUAGGGGAACAAAAGGGUAUGUCGCACUUGAAUGGUUUAAGAACAUGCCUAUCACAGCUCAAGUGGAUGUGUAUAGUUACGGUGUAGUGUUACUUGAGAUAAUUUCAUGUAGAAGAUGUGUUCAAGAAAUGGAUGAUGAAGAUGAAGAGAAAGCUAUACUGACAGAUUGGGCUUAUGAUUGUUACAAAGAUGGUGCUGUAAGUGCAUUGGUUGUGGGUGACAAUGAGGCAUUGGAUGACAGAGAAAAAUUGGAGAAACUGGUAAUGAUUGCUCUUUGGUGUGUUCAAGAGGAUCCAUAUCUUAGACCAACCAUGAGAACUGUGGUACUUAUGCUUGAAGGUACUGUUGAAGUGCAAGUUCCACCAUAUCCUUCACAAAUUAGUAUUCAAUAUUCUAUAAGUUAGUAGGUUUUAAGUGUAUUGUAAUAUAUUUGCAUUUAUGAUUGUGUAUCAAGAUGUGGUUUUAUGUACACCUUCAAGACUAGUUGUGGC